AUGCCGUAUAACACUCGACGCAAGUCGCUUUCUUUGCCAUCUCUGGGAAUUCACGUACCUGGAAGCCAUGCCCAUCGCAGUCCCGCCAUCGCCAGCUCAAAUCGGAACAUCUCUGAGUGCACACCGAGUCGCAUCACCAUCAUACCCCCCGUGACACUACAAUCGAACAAGCGACAGAAGCGAUUCCAUGGUGACGAGACACAACGCAGAGGAAACUCGCUCAAGCGCCCCGACGAGAAAAGCAUGCUGGAGCACACGCCACCGCCAUCCCCGACGGCCGAGGACGUCAAGAUCGGAGACUGUGGCAACACAACAUCAUCAAUAAACAUCAAGCUGGAAGGGAUUAAUGACGAGAUUGUGGAGGCCGUCAUCGUCCAACUGCAGGCGACCGCGAACAGGCCCCAUCUGGUUAAGGAGCUGGCGACUGUCUUGUCGCAGCAGUUGCCUAUCGUCCAACACUCUGCCAAUCCUUGCGCCAUUGUAUCCUCACGUCUCGCUGCCUACGUCAAACGAUCGUGCUGGAGCACGCUUGCACCCUGUCCUGUAGCCAAGGAGUCGGAAACGGUACAUCCUCGCAGAACUUACUUUUACCUCACAACCUGCCCGAGACGGCCCCUUCCCGACUCAACAAUGCCACUCCUCGUUCAGCGGUCCGUCGUCUCUCCAUCAUUGUCCAGUGUAGCAUCUGGGUCUGAGAACGGUGAUGACAUGGAUUUGCGCCGAAGAGAGUUGAGUCCAUCACCAGAGGUGGAUUUGUCGUCUCCCGAAUUUGACGAUGCGGAUGACGACUUCGCGAUGCCUUCGACGCCUGUUGGGUCACUUCCCACUAGUUUGAGGUAUGCCAGAAGCCACCGGAGUGCCUCGCCUCCCCUCGAAAAGGACGAGCGAGAAUUCACGCAGACCGCCGAUGUGCUCCAGAAGCGCAAACUCGCUCGCGAACUCUCACUAGCUACUGCUGACCACUCGACGGCCAAUACGUAUGAAGGGUCACGUGAGGAUACCAUGUUCGAAGAGAGACAAAGUGUUGCCGUAAAUGGCAAUGUUGCCCCAGUCCACUUCCUGACAAGCCCUGCUAUCAAGGCAACUAUGCCUCCCAGAAAGGACACUGAUGGGGACAGCUGGCUGAAGCUAGGUGCACUCCUAGAGUGGGAUCAUAGCCCGGAAAACAUUGAACUCGACGAGCUAGAUUGUUUACUGGACUCAUGUUGA